UGUUGCUUACAGGGUGAGACCACGGAGCCUGCUGAGAAGUUAAAGAAAAUUAGCAGAACGUGAGAAAGACAAACUUUGGAAGAAUCAAUCAGCAGAAGACUCUGAACUGCUGCAGCCGUCAAAAGAAACCACAUCAGCUAUUCCUUAUGGGCCAUAAAUUCACAGAGAAAAUCUCCUCAUUUCUAUUUGAAUAUGACACCCCAAGGAUGGUUUUGGUCCACAACAAGAAGGUGGGCAUAACCUUCCGACUGAUCCAGCUGGUGGUCCUUUCCUACAUCAUUGGGUGGGUAUUCCUAUACGAGAAAGGCUACCAGUCUAAGGAUGGCAUCAUAAAUUCUGUUUCAGUGAAGCUCAAAGGCAUCGCAGUUACAAACAUUAGUGGCAUGGGUCCAUACUUAUGGGAUGUGGCAGACUAUGUUUUCCCUCCUCAGGGAGACAGUUCCUUUGUGGUGAUGACUAACUUUAUUACCACCCGUGGGCAGAAACAGGAAACAUGUCCAGGGCAUCCUGAGUCUGAGAAGUGUAGCAAUGACAGUAAUUGCAAUAAAGGAGAGUUUCUUCGCCGUGGGCAAGGAAUCAUGACUGGAAAGUGCGUGAAUUUUAGCCGUACACAGAAGACCUGCGAGAUAUUUGGCUGGUGCCCUGUUGAAAUUGAUGACAACAUUCCCAAUCCACCAUUGCUUCUGGAAGCUGGAAAAUUUACCUUGUUUAUAAAAAACAGCAUUACUUUCCCCAAGUUUGGAGUUUCCAGACGCAAUCUUGUCGAGCGAGUUAGUGAACGCUACCUGAAAAAAUGUGUUUAUCACAAAGAAAAGGAUCCACUGUGCCCUGUGUUUAAACUUGGAUAUAUGGUGGAAGAAUCUGGACAGAAUUUUUCCCAAGUUGCUUUUAAGGGUGGCAUUGUUGGAAUCACCAUAAAUUGGGACUGUGACCUCGACUGGCCUGUGAAAUACUGUGUACCUGUUUACAAAUUCCAUAGGCUUUACAAUGAAGACAGUAACAUCUCGCCAGGCUAUAAUUUCAGGUAUGCCAGAUAUUACAGAGAAAAUGGGAGAGACAUGAGGGUUCUGUACAAAGUGUUUGGCGUCCGAUUUGAUAUUUUGGUGAACGGGAAGGCAGGAAAAUUUGAUAUUAUUCCAACAAUGACUACUAUAGGUUCUGGGAUUGGUAUCUUUGGAGUGGCCUCUGUACUUUGUGAUCUGCUUCUAUUAAAUUUCCUAUCUAAUCGGGACUACUAUAAGCAGAAGAAGUUCAAGUAUGUGGAGCGGAAUUCUGUCAAUUCUGAAAAAGAAGACUUUGAUAUGAGGAACUCACAAGGGAAGGAAAAGAGUUCUCUAUGAGAUUGUGUCAGAGUUCCAUCCUUGUAUCAUCUUCCUUUCUUUCCGAUUUGUGGCAAAGGUGGGGUUUGAUCCACCUUGUUCCCUUACACCCUGGACUUACUUCCUGAGAUCCUGUUUUAAAGAAUCGUUCAAUGCUUUCAGCACCGAAACACUGGACCCACACAAGGAAUGUGGAUUUAAAGUCACUCAGUCUGGAACACUUCACACUUCAGUUAUGUUUUGACCACAAGGUGGAAAGUGUUGCAAUUGUGUCAGUUUGUAAGAUUCCAAGGGUGCAGGAAACAGAAGCUGUAUAUAAUGGGUUUGCUAUCUUGUAGAUCUAGACAAAUUAUAAUGCCAGGUUUUCAUCAGGUAUUUGUGAGCUGCCUCACACUUGCUAGGGGCUAUCAAGCUGCUGUGGUUACUUGAAACUAGGCAGCCCUGUGGAAGGGCUGUGUGGACUUUUCUUAGAUGAAAAUGCUACCGGUAGUACAAACUUUCCUACCCAGCUUCCUUUCAAAUUCACUGGGACUACAAUUCCCAGAAUUCCCCAGGGAUCUACAAUAGAAGAAUCUUGCCACAUGGCCAUUUUUACAUACUUUGGCUGGCAGGAUCAAACUACUUGAUCAGAUAGAAAAAUGUGGGUUAGACAGCAUCACCACCGGAUGGAUUCAUAACUGACUGACCAACCACACUCAAUGUGUAGUCCUCAAUGGAACUGCAUCUAUAUGGAGGGAUGUAUGCAGUGGGGUACCCCAAGGCUCUGUCUUAGACCCAGUACUCUUCAACAUCUUCAUCAAUGAUUUGGACGAGAGGAUAGAAGGGGAACUCAUCAAAUUUUCAGAAGACACAAAGCUAGCAGGAAUAGCCAAUACUCCAGAAGAUAGGCUUCAGAUACAGAAGGAUCUUGACAGACUUGAAUAUUGGGCGCUAUCUAACAAAAUGAAAUUCAAUGGUGGAAAAACUAAGGUUCUACAUUUAGGCAAGAAAAACAAAAUGCACAAGUACAGUAUAUGUGGUACCUCACUUAAUAGUAGGAAACUUGAAGUCCUAGUGGACAAUCAUUUAAAUAUGGGCCAGCCGUGUGCAGCAGCUGCUAAAAAAGCCAACACAGUUCUAGGCUGCAUAAACAGAGGGAUAGAAUCAAGAACACGUGAAGUGUUAAUACCACUUGGUUAAUGCCACUUUGUAAGGCCAUACUUGGAAUACUGCAUCCAGUUUUGGUCACCACAAUGUAAAAAAGAUGCUGAGACUCUAGAAAGAGUACAGAGAAGAGCAACAAAGAUGAUUAGAGGACUGGAGGCUAAAACAUAUGAAGAAUGGUUGCAGGAACUGGGCAUGUCUAGUCUGAUGAAAAGAAGAUGUGAGGUGACAUGAUAGCGGUGUUCUGAUAUCUCAGGGGCUUCCACAAAGAAGAAGGAGUCCAGCUAUUCUCCAAAGCAUCUGAGGGUAGGAAAAGAAGCAAUGAGUGAAAACUAAUCAAGGAGAGAAGCAACCUAAGGAGAAAUUUCCUGACCGUGAGAACAAUUAAUCAGUGGAACAACUUGCCUCUAGAAGUUGUGAAUGCUCCAACACUGGAAGUUUUUAAGAAGCUGUUGGAUAACCAUUUGUCUGAAAUGGUAUAAGAUUUCCUGCCUAAGCAGGGGGUUGGACUAAAAGACCUCCAAGAUCUCUUCCAACUCUGUUAUUCUAAAUUCUGAAAGAUAGCUUGUGAGCUUAAUUGUAAAACUGAAGGCCUAUAUUAUGCGCGCACACAAUGUAUACACUCUUUUUCUACACACACAACCUCCCCUCCCACCUUUCUUUUCAAUCAGUGGCAUCAACUCCUGUUCAUAUUCCAUGAAUCGGAAAAAUAGAGCUGCAGAGAUUUAUUUUGAAAGAAAUAUUGUAUUUUGUUGAAAAUAGAGGAAAUGAGAGCA